AUGUCUGGAAAAUCUGACAUAUUCGUGGACGCCGCCAUGAAGCCGUACAACUUCUACCUCUGUCCGCCCCUCAACAGAAGUGAGCGGUUGGUCGACAUGGUGGAGGACAACGGAGGAAGAGUCGUGCACGACUUCCUUCAAAACUGCAUUGUGAUUUCCAGCCCCGACUACGUCGUUCCAGAGGACCUCAAGACAGCGCACAUCUACUCUUACGAAGUGAUCCAGGACUCGGCCAACAGAGGUGCUCAGCAGGAGUUUGCAAACUACUUGAUUCACGUGCCGACGAAAAACAGAGAGUCUGUGCCCCACCAAUACAGCGAGCGCAAGGACCAGCCAGGAGCCGGCGGAGGCGACGAUCUGAGUGGCAUCGGAGGUACCGGUGACGACUACAAUUUUGAUGUACCCGGCCAUGGCCAUGCAGGAGCUGGUGAGGUCAGCGGAAAUGGCAACGGCAACGGCAACGGCAACGGUGCUGAUAUUAAUGAUGGUGAUGAUGGGGUGGAAGCAGAAGAAGCAGGAUCAAACCAUCUCGGCGUCCAUGGAAGUGAGUUGAUUUUUCCUCACAACAAAUCUGAGGGCUCCAUUGCGAACUAUGAUGACCACAGUGUUCGUUACUUCACCGACGAAGAGGACAAAGUGUUGAUGGAGGAAAUCAGAAAGCGGCACUGGAUGGGCAUCAAGGGACACAGCAUCUACGAAGCGAUCUCAAAGAUGCCAUAUUUUGUCAGCAGGCGCAGAACUCCGGCCUCACUUCGUGAAAGAAUGCGGACCUUGAAGUACAAAGUGGGCUAUGUGUACAAGGUCGACAAAAAGAACAGAUUGCUGAAGGACGCCAGUGGCAGCUACAUCAAAACAACACAAAUCACGUCCAAACUGACUCCCUACACAGCUGAAGAUGACUUGCUUCUAUGCAAAACAAUAUAUCUCAAGUUGGAUAUAGUGACCGACGACAAGGGGUUCGAAUCCGUCGUUUUCCCGACAAACUUUUUUGACAAGUUUGCAAUAGUGUACGAUACACACACGCCGGAGUCGUGGAGACAGCGGUAUAAGAACUACUUGUCCAUUUUUGGAAUAGCCAACUACAUCAAGUAUUACAUCAUGGAGGUAAAAAACGACGAGGAGCCGCUGCCUGCAAAUAUCGCUAACAAAGAGUGGUUGCAGGCUAGAAAACAUAUCAAGAAAACCGACUGUCCAAGAUUGUACUUUCCGAACAUCCCCCAAGAAAAUGAGUUUAUCGACGAAAACCUAUAUUACAUUGCUCUACCCGCUUACGAUACUAAGAUUUUUGAAUUUGACAACCCAUUCCGCAACAUCAAGAAGGAGGAAUCGGAUGGUUUCUCUCCUGAACCGAUCCCUAGCUCCAGUGCUGGAACGACUGAAAUGGUGAACGACACUGAGAAAGCAAUUGGAGUAGCUACAGCUGGGUCUGACUACAACGGCUUUGUUGAUGAACCAACUACUGAAUUCAUAGAAGUAGCAUUCAAGAAAUCGUACAGAAAGUACGGCCCACCUAUAAAUCUUGCGAGUGUAUCGGAUAAGAAGGCCUUGAUCACCACUUUCAAAAAGAUUUUCUCUGUGCAGGGAGAGAAACUGGCUCCCAGAGAGCUUAGCAAGCGGCUCUUGGAGGAGGGCGUGCAAGAGUACUACACUGUGUUUUUGAUCUACCGGUGUAACUCUAUCAAGUCUCUUGUCCAAGAGUCAUUGUUGAACUACGUCGAGACCGAUGGUGCCGAGUUAUUAGUUAUGAAGCCCGGAAUAUGGUCCAACAAAUGCAUAGAGAUGUUUGAGAAACACGACCCGAAGUUGGAGAAAAUAUUGAAGAGUUACCACGGAGAAAAAGGAUAUGUGAAGCAGGCUCGCUGGUUAAAGACGAGCAAGAUGGAUUUUGUCAGAUGA